UUAAGGCAGAGCUUAUCUGAGUGAGGAACAGACGAACCAGCGAGUUGCAAGCAUUACGUUUACACACACACAGCUCUAUGUAUUUAACACAGGCGCGCAGAGAGGUAGAGCUACACAGACACAAUAGCCGCACCAGUGGGAAGCACAGCAGCUCACAAAUCUGCUCAGGUCCGCGGAGCACAUCCAAACCUCAGGCACUGACUGACUAGCGCUCCAGCCUCACUGUCUUUCUUUUCACCUGGUUUAUCAUCAAAAGCCCGACGAAACGCGAAAGAAAGAUUCAUGAAGAGCGGACGAUCGUGCUUUUUGGUGGAGUGGGCGAGUUUGUUUAAACAGGAUUUAGACUUGAGAAGACACACGCUUUAUCUGCCCGGCUGUGCAAUUUAACACGGAAAUUGAGUGCGAGGGUCUGGAUUUAAGGUGUUUUCUGUUAAAAAGAAAAUUUUAAAAAUUCCCCAAAAGAUGGGUCGAGCGCCGAAGUGGUGCUGGGAUCUUGUCUUGUCGCUGGUGUUAUUUCUAGGGGUUCUACUGCCCUUUUCGAGAACUCUGAUGUACACCAACCACUGGGCUGUGAGGAUAACCGGAGGCAGUGAAGAGGCCAAUGCAAUAGCAAGUAAAUACGGAUACAGAAACUUGGGACAGAUUGGGUCCUUGAAAGACUACUACCACUUUUACCACAGUAGGACAAUGAAACGAUCAACAAUAUCUAGUAGAGGAACUCAUAGCUUCAUUUCAAUGGAACCAAAGGUGGAAUGGAUACAGCAGCAGGUGGUAAAACGACGAAUAAAGAGAGAUUUUAAAGCUGGAGCCCCUCAGUAUCCUUACUUCAAUGAUCCUAAAUGGUCAAGCAUGUGGUACAUACACUGCAAUGAUGACACUCAUCACUGCCAAUCAGAUAUGAACAUAGUAGGUGCUUGGCGGAGGGGCUAUACGGGUCGAAAUGUUGUGGUAACGAUUCUGGAUGAUGGCAUUGAGAGGAACCACCCUGACUUGCAACAGAAUUAUGAUCAAAUGGCUAGCUUUGAUGUCAAUGGAAAUGACUGGGAUCCCAUGCCUCGCUAUGAUGCCAGCAAUGAGAACAAGCAUGGGACCCGAUGUGCAGGAGAAGUAGCUGCUGUUGCAAACAAUUCACAUUGCACGAUAGGAGUUGCUUACAAUGCCAAGAUUGGAGGUGUUCGCAUGCUGGAUGGUGAUGUGACAGAUAUGGUGGAAGCAAAGUCUCUCAGUUUGAGCCCUCAGCACAUUGACAUCUACAGUGCCAGCUGGGGACCAGAUGAUGAUGGAAAAACUGUGGAUGGCCCAGCAUCCCUUGCAAUACGGGCCUUUGAGAAUGGCAUCAGACAAGGCCGUGGAGGUUUGGGUUCCAUAUAUGUGUGGGCAUCUGGUAAUGGUGGCCGCAGCCGAGAUCACUGUUCCUGCGAUGGUUAUACCAAUAGCAUCUAUACAAUCUCCAUUAGUAGUACGGCUGAGAGCGGGAAGAAGCCUUGGUACUUGGAGGAAUGUUCAUCAACCCUUGCUACUACUUAUAGCAGUGGAGAGUCUUAUGAUAGAAAAAUAAUCACAACUGACCUCCGGCAGCGCUGUACUGACAGUCACACAGGAACAUCUGCUUCAGCACCAAUGGCUGCUGGGAUUAUUGCACUGGCACUGGAAGCAAACCCUUACCUGAAUUGGAGGGAUGUGCAGCAUAUCAUUGUAAGAACGUCACGCUCUGGCCAUCUGAACGCUCCAGACUGGAAGAGCAAUGCUGCUGGAUACAGAGUGAGCCACUUAUAUGGAUUUGGAUUAAUGGAUGCAGAAGCUAUGGUGAAAGAAGCAGAACGUUGGAAAUCAGUCCCACCCCAACAUAGCUGUGUGGAGAACCCAGACAAACAAAGCAGAACUAUCCGUCCUGAACAUCAUGUAAGAGCAGUCUACAAAGCCACUGGCUGUUUAGACAAUGCAAACCACCGUGUGAUUUACCUGGAACAUGUUGUUGUCCGAGUUACUAUUUCUCACCCUCGGCGAGGUGACCUGGCAAUAUACCUGACCUCUCCGUCUGGAACAAAGUCUCAGCUCUUGUCUAACAGGUUGUUUGAUCAUUCCAUGGAAGGGUUUAAAAGUUGGGAAUUCAUGACCACUCAUUGCUGGGGUGAAAAAGCAGCAGGUGACUGGAUCCUUGAAAUUCAUGACAGUCCUUCACAACUCCGAAACUUCAAAACACCAGGUAAACUGAAGGAAUGGUCUCUUGUACUUCAUGGCACAUCAAUCCAUCCAUACACACCUUUGUAUACAAGGUUAGAUCAACUAAAGGUGCGAUCCAGUCCAAGGGAAGAUGUCUCUGAUGACUAUGCGGAUGAGUACACCGGACCCUGUCACACUGAAUGUAUUAAUGGUUGUGAUGGACCUGGGCCUCAACAAUGCAUUGAUUGUUUGCAUUACUUCCUCAAGUUUAAAAACAACACAAGAACUUGUGUUCCUGAAUGUCCAAAUGGAUUCUUUGGUGAUGAGAAGAAACGUUGUAAAAAGUGCUGGUCGAUCUGUGAUGCAUGUGUAGGAAGCCGGAGCGACCAAUGUAUAGCCUGUAAAGCUGGCUACCACUUAAAUGAAGAGACUAACGUCUGCAUACCUAACUGCUCAGAUAGUUUCUACCUCGAUAAACGUGAUAAUAUGUGUAGGAGAUGUAGUGAGAACUGCAGGAAAUGUAGUGCAUUACACCACUGUACAGAUUGCAAACCAGGCUGGAGGCUGCAAGGACCAAAGUGUGUUUUCAGUUGCGAUGCUGGAACUUACUUUAAUUCUAUGAGCAGGGAGUGUGAGAAAUGUCAUGUGUCAUGUGCAACAUGUGCAGGUCCAGGCCAAGAGUCAUGUACACAGUGUGCUACAGAUUACUACCUGGAGGAAUGGAGAUGUGUGCUGAGUUGCAGUCUUGGCUACUAUAUAGAUCAGACAUCUGAAAAUGGUGAAAAAACAUGCAGGAGGUGUGAUGCAAGCUGUUUAACUUGCGCCGGCCAGGGAGAAAGAAACUGCAGUACCUGUCCAAGUGGGUAUAAUCUCGAGGGGGGAGUCUGUGUGGUUGGUACCGUUUGUAAAGAUGGUGAAUACAUUGAUGUUGCAGACCUGUGUCAAUCCUGCCAUCCCUAUUGUGAAAAAUGUUUUGGUUCAAGCCAAGUUGAAUGCAUCACUUGUGUUGCUCCAAGGCUCUUAGACAGUGAACGUUGUGUCAUGCACUGCCCCUCUGGUAAGUUUGCCAUGAAUGGCCAGUGUUACCCAUGUCAUCACACUUGUGAGGAAUGUGCGGGAGGUGAACCUAAUGAUUGCACAUCAUGUGAUAAAGAUAAAUUUAGGAACAAUCGAUACUUUUUCAAAGGUGAGUGCAGAGAGGAUUGCCCUGCAUCUCACUACCCUGCAGCUGAUAAAGUCUGCCAUCCAUGUUCCAGGAACUGUGAAGUAUGCACUGAUGGUAAACACUGUGUAAAGUGUUCGUCAGGCUACUACCCUGAUUCUGAAGGAUGUCAGCAGCUCAACUGUGGGGAAGGUGAAAUUGAAGAUCUUGACUAUGAAGAUUGUGUGCAGUGUGCAGAAGGAUGUGAGAAAUGCGCAUUAGAUGAUCCAAGAAAAUGUAUAUUGUGUAAAACUGGCUACUACACGUUUUACCAACGCUGCUAUAAGACAUGUCCAGCCAAAACAUUUAAAAAUGAAUUUACGAUGAAGUGUGAACUUUGUCACAAGAAUUGUAUUGACUGCGAUGAAGAACAAUGCUAUUGGUGCGAGACUGGCUUUUUCCUCUUAGAGACUCAAUGUGUGCAAACUUGUCCAAGUGGUUACUAUGGUAAUGAAGAUGGUGCUGUUUGUGGCAAUUGUCACCCCAGAUGCAGUACGUGCCAUGGUCCCAGCUUUGAUGAUUGCGAUGCUUGUGUGAGCACGUAUAUAUUACAGAAUGGAAAAUGCAUCUCCCAUUCUUCAGUAAACUGUAAAGAGGGAAGCUACUGGCAAGCUGACGAAGGCACCUGCUCACCCUGUAGUGAUUUGUGCAGGACGUGCACAGGGGUUGGAUGGAAUGAAUGCACCAGCUGUCCUUCAGGACUUUACCUAAAUAGCAAGAUCUGUGUUAGUGACUGCCCGAAACAAACCUUUGCCAGUCCAAUCAGUGAAACAUGUGAGCCUUGUGAAGAAGGCUGUGAGAUCUGUUCAGGAAGCAAAAAUAACUGCCAACAAUGCAUCAAACUACGACAUCAUCCACUUUACCUGCAUAUGGGGAAAUGUUUAAGUGAAUGCCCAAAGGGAUAUUUUGUAAGUGCAAAUGAUACCUGUGCAAAGUGUGAUGAUGCAUGCGAGAGUUGUGAAGCUGCUCCUACAAACUGCCAAUCCUGCAUCAGCCCCUUCGUACUAGACAACAACAAUUGUCAAAAGAAAUGUUCCAGAAAACACUAUGCCAGUGCUCAAAGACUUUGCAAACGCUGCCCUGUGAACUGCGAAAAGUGCAAUGAGAACGAGUGCACAGAAUGCAGCAGGUACUUUUUCUUUCAUAAGGGUACUUGCAUAGAGGACUGUCCUCGAGGUUUCUUUCAAAACUCUCAGGCCUUCACAUGCACUCCAUGCCAUCCUGAAUGUUCAGUGUGUGACGGUCCAGACUCACAUGACUGUGAAGCAUGCAGCAAUCCUUCUUUGGCUUUACAUGAUGGGCAAUGCUUGAAAUUCUGUCCUGUAGGAACCUACAUUGACAAGAAAACUGAAGAAUGCCAGGAGUGUCAUAAAACAUGUCAGACCUGUAAAGGACCAGAUUCAACAGACUGCAUAGAUUGUCGAGAUGGGAUGAUGAAGAACCAGCAGGGGCACUGCGUAAUGCACAAGGACUGUGACCUGAACAUGUACAUGGACAAGAUCUGUAAACCCUGUCACAAAAAAUGUCACCGCUGUUAUGGGCCCACCGAGCAUGAUUGCCUUAGCUGCAAUCACAAUCACUUUUUACUCAAUAAAACAUGCGUCGACACAUGUCCAGAUGGCUACUACAUGGAUCAGAAUAGACGUCAAUGCUUUGCUUGUCACAAAAGCUGUGAAACCUGCAGCGGGAGGUCUAGCACACAGUGCCUUAACUGUAAAGCAGACUGGUACAGACGGAACUCAACAUGCGUCAAGACCUGUGGAUCUGGGCGUUUUGCAAAUGCAUCAACAGGAGUUUGUGAAAACUGUCAUGCAAACUGCAAAGAAUGUUGGGGUCCAAGAGAAACAGAAUGUCUGAGCUGUCAGGGUAAUCACUUCCGGGUGAAAUCAGAAAACAAAUGCUAUCAGUCAUGUCCAGAACAAUACUAUGAAAAUAAGUGGGAGCAAACUUGUGAACGGUGCCACCCUAGUUGUAAAACCUGUGAUGACAAAGGACCUAUUCGAUGUACUUCCUGUUACUGGGGCUUCCAAAUGUACGGAAGUAUCUGCAGUUCUCAGUGUUUUGCCGGGGAAUACUUGCUGUCAGAGGACCCAGAAAUAUUGUGUGAAAAAUGUCAUGAUACUUGCCUGGAGUGUAAAGGACCAGGACUUAAUAACUGCACAGAAUGUCAUCCAGGUCUCUUGAUAAAUCUUGCUGAUGGCAAGUGUUUAAACUGCUGCAAAUCUGUUGUGCCAGAAGUUGAAGAUUGCUGUGAUUGUGACAUGAGUUUUGAUGAAUGUGUUUUGAGAAAAGUAGUAGUUGUUCCAGAUGAGACAGGGGGAGGCAAACCUGCAUUAUUUGCCGUUGCCUCAGUGCUACUCAUUAUGGGUAUUGGCAUUGGUAUCUUCCUUCUGCUGAAGACCCGUUCAAAAACAAGACCCGUUAACAGAGGCAAAUAUGAGAAACUGCACAAUCAAAACAAAUCCAUCCCCGUUUAUAGUGCAAGUAAGGACAGUGUUAGCUUUCAAGAGACUCAAGCAACCGAGUACAGAGAUCAUCAGGAUGAAAUGUAUGAUGAAGAGGAUGAUGAUGACAUUGUCUACAUGGGCCAAGAUGGCACUGUUUACCGAAAAUUUAAGUAUGGGCUGUUAGAUGAUGAUGAUGAUGAUGAACUAGAAUAUGAUGACGAAAGCUACUCCUUCAGAUAAAAAAAAUCAAUUUAUAAUUUUUCAGUACUUAUUAAUGCAAUUCUCUACUUAUUCCAUGCACUCAUUUAAGGAUACUGAGAGACUCUGUUUUCUGGGAUCAGUGUCUGACUAUUUUCUGUUUCACAAAGUGCACUGAGGAAAAUGUAAUUGAAGCUUGUGAGCCCUAUCUUGAACAAAUAUAUUUCACAAAAUGUUUACCUAAUCACAUUCCUAAUAAUAAGUAUUGUGUACAUUGACACAUUAAUGUUAAUCAAUGAUGAAAUAUAUGUAAAAGUUUAAAUUGCUGAAAAGGUUAGAUUUCAUACAUUAUGAGUAAUAACGACUAUAAGGGGUGUUCAAAUAGCACUCCUGCAAAUAAGAAAGUUAAAAGUCUUUAAUUAUGGUUGCAAAACUGCUCUUGUGUUACUGGAGCUGUGAAAAUCGGUACAUAUUAUUUCAAUGUCACUACCAUGUUUGUGGCUCAAGAGCUAUUGGCUGCCUAUAUUACUGCUGAGGUUCCUAGAAGACAAGAAUAAGUUUCAAUAGCUUUUAACAGCAUACCAUCCAUGCAGCUUUUCAAUUUCAGUAGAAGCUAUGGAGGUGAGGGUAAAAUAAAAUAGGUGAUACUGAAAUUCCAUUGCAAUAUAUUUUAUAGGGACACAUUGAAUUGGGAAGUUAUCCAUAAACCUGAAAUGUCCAAGACAAUUUACAUGUACACAGUGUCAUCAUAAAUACAAAGAAAAUAUUGUUUAAAAAAGCAAAAUAUAUUCAGACAUAGUAAAGGGAAAAUACUCAAUAGUACACCAAAGCAAGAACCACCAUGCUAUAUUUUAAUGCAAAAGGUUACAAUACAAUUCUCUUGAAAAUACCGUGCUUGUCACAUCAAAGUGUGGGGAUCUGAUUACUGUUUAGCUUAGAGCUAUCCUCAAUUGGCAUAGAAGAAUACAAUAGCAAGCAUAUGUGUGUUAGAAAGCUCUAUUUAUCACUGAUCAUUUCCAAACAUUGCUUAACUGACUGAAAUCAAACAAUACAAAAACUGUCAGGCUACUUGUUUGCAUGCUUGCAAAAUUCGGUUUUUAAUGAACUAAGUUUUCAGAAAGCAUAUGUGUACCAGCACAGCAUAUUUAGUUAGACCUUGGAAAGUAUGUCUUCAUUCUGAUUGGAGUUCCAUUAAUUUAGAUUAUAGGUAAAUGUAGAUGUGUUCUUAUUUUUCUUUGCUUAAAUGAAAAAUUAUUUUUGAGGUGACAACUAAAUUUGAAAGUAGAGUAUUUCAUUUAAGAAUUAACAAGAUGUAGUGCAGCUACAUUGAGCCAUGAGUGAGUGAAUUAGAUGUUUUUUUUGAGAUCUGCUGUUUCAUUUUGUGUUAGGGCAAUUUUCUGAUGUUGUUUAAUUUCUGGCUUACAUUACAUGAAAAGCACGAAAAACAGAGUCACAUGUUGUUAGCAUUCUGUCCAUAUUCAUGGGUCAUUUAGAAUGUUGUGUGUGGUGUUCCUGCAGCCAAACUGGCAGAUGUCUUGAUUUUCAAUGAGCAGAAAGCAAGAAUUCAAGAUUCUCAAUAAAGGCUCUUGUGGCUAAUCAAGAAGCAAUAUUAUUGGUAAUAGAGGGUUCACCAAUUUUCUUCUGCUGCAGGAAAACAUGUGGUGUUUAACAACAUUCCACAGGUAGAAAAUGAACAAACGUAGUCAUUAAUGGUAGAAGGUAGUAUCUGUUUUGCGUGACAUUAACAAUUGUUAGAAUGAAGGUUCUUCUGCCUUCAAUAGGGUCGCAGCACGAAUAUCUUAGGCAUUUUUGGAAUAUUAGGAGAAAGCAGUGGCUACUUGAACCUUUCAUUGGAAUUAAAGAAAAAAAUCUGAUAAAUUACAUAAUUGUCAAAAUCCAUAGUUUCUAAAUCAUGCAAUGCUCAUUAAUGUAGGUUCCACAGGGUCAACUAGAUUUUUUUGCCUCCUCAAAAAGACCUUGUCAUCUUGGUUGUUCCCAAUAAAAUGCUGAGGAAAUGUUUCCUAUCUGAGAUGCAUCACAAGGAGACAAGAAUAGUACAGAAAUAUCAUGUAUGAUCAUUUGAAUUACAUUGCUGUUUAGUUUGGCAUUACAAAAGUUCUAUGAAGGAAAGCAAAUGCUGAAAACUGGUUUUCAUAAUCUGAAAAAGUUACAUGUAUGUUUUUAUAAUAUGGAAGAAAGAAGCAAUAUAGAGUACUGCAGUCUAUUAAAAAGGAUAGUUUCACUCCAAUACUAGUAACCUAUUUAGUUAACAGUAAAUUGUAUCUAGGAAUGCUCCAUAUGAAGCAUAGUAACUGAAAUUUAUAAAAUAGACCCACUACUUGCAAAUUAAAAGCAGAGAAGGGUUUUGACCUGAAAUGUCAGCCUUCCUGCUCCUCUGAAGCUGCUUGGCCUGUUGUGUUCAUCCAGCUCUACACCUCGUUAUCUGAGGGAAUAAUUAAGUUGCUUUCUCAUUUAAAAUUAUCCUUACCAAAUUACGUGCAUAUCUGGAAUCUUUAAAUUGAUGGUAAAUUAAGGCUGUGCUGAUUCCUAAGUUAGUGAUUUAGUACGGCACUCUAAGCACAUUUUGUUGGAUCUUAAGAAUGUUCAACAGAAGGCAGCUUAUUAAAAUUUAAAUGAAUUUUAAGCUUUCAGUUUAAUAGCUUAUCCGGUGUUUUAUAAUGAAUCGAUAGAGAAAUGUCAUCUAUGCCUUGAUCAUUUGGAGAGAUGCCAAUACUUUAUUAUGGAAGUCUUUGAAUGCUAAUGCAAGUGCUGUUUAGAACAUAUCAAUAUGACCUAAUGCACUUAUAUUUAAUAAUUUAGAUUGAUUAUUUGGUUGCUACACUCUAAUUUAAUAAGUUGGGUAAUGUGCAUAUUUAGUUAUCUUGUAUGAGCUCUCAAUAUAAAUUAACUGUAUCUCUGAUGCAAAGAUCAGCGUACUUAUUUCUUGAUAAGACCGAUAAUAAAGAGUGAUGCUCAACUUUUUCAAAAUUAUAACUUGGAUGUUUGUGCAUUGAUGUAAUUUUCAUUUGAUAUUUUAUUGGUUUGCAUCUGAUUAAAUCAGAUUGUAAAUUUCUAACACCCAUCGACAAAUAUAAGGUUGAACGAUUUCUGACAUAAGUAACCAUUCUGAUUUUAUUGCUGUGGUUUGUGGAUGUGAUGAUGACAGUAAUUUAAUGAUCCUUGUGAAAACUAAAUAAAAGGUUAUUUGUACAAAGAGUCUGUAAACCCUGAUCAUUUAAAUGUGUAUUCUAUCCCAAACAUAAUUCUAUCCUAAUCGGAGGUAAAUAAUUCCAGAAUGAAGUAAUAAUAAGAGCUGUCGAAAUCAUAUCAAAUUCUACCUUUUAAUAAAGACUGUUUGUCACUAGC